AUGCAACAUUUAAGAGAAGCUGCAGAAAAAGCUAAAUGUGAAUUAUCAUCUACAGCACAAAUAGAUAUUAAUUUACCUUAUUUAACUAUGGAUAAAUCAGGUUCAAAACAUAUGAAUUCGAAAAUAACUUGUACUCAAUCCGAAAGUCUUGUUGCUUAUUUAACUAAACGAACAGUUGGCAAGAAUAAGUUUUUUGAUGAAGUAUUUAUCAAGAAUCAUAGGGAAAGAAAAGAAACAUGCUGGAAAUGUUGUUGA